AAUGUCUGUUCUGUCCAAGGUCAGUGAACCAAUAUAAAACGAAAGUACUUGAAACAUGGUGGGAAUGUCCGUAUAAUAUAGUGUUGGUAAAGGUUGACAAUGCACUGAAGAUGGCAACCAUAGCAAAUUCCAACUUUUUGAAAUAUUCGAGAUAUUUUCCAAAUCAUCUUGAGUAUGCAAGCCAAGUACCUAGAGAUUGGCCGGAAAAAAGAAGGCAAAAGAAGCCGAAGAUAAUAAAAAAUUAUGUACUCUGUUUGGAGAAUCUAGAACAUAUAGACAUCCCUCCGAAAAGCAAGUCUAAAGAACCUACUUACAGAAAACGGAAAAAGCAUCCAAUAGCUACAACAUCUGCCAGUCAAACAGACGGAUGCGAUGCCAUACAAACAUAUACACAAACAGAUGAUAAGAUUCUGCAUGAAAUGGCAACUCAGACUGAGGAUGAAGAUGUUCCAGAUAGCCCAAAGAGAGUUGUGGAGGAACUUCAACAGAUUCCCACAUUUGAGCUUAUGGAACAUGCACAACAGUCCUCGGCAGGGGUUAUACAAGAUGGACAGCCAUCACCAAAAGACAUUUGGGGUAAUUUGAAGACUUUUGGAGAGCCAAGAAUAGUUGUAUCUGUGAUAGGUGCUUAUAAUGAAUGUACGCAAACGUAUGAGUGGGCUGAUCACUUGCUUUUAAAGAAUGCAAUUGCGCAUGUCGCAAGAUAUUCAGGAAGAUGUGGGUUUUUAUUUAAUGAGAAAAACACAGAUUUUGUAAACAGUGUUGUUAGCAGAAGUUGUGUUAUGAAAGGUUUAUCACAAAAAUAUGGAUACACCUCAAUGCAUUUUUCUGACAGAUUAAAGGAACACAAAACAACAGACGAACAGCAUACAGGUUAUUCAAGUGAACACUUUAAAGAUCUUCUGGAACUUGAAAAGUACAUCAACUCAGAAGGUCGGGUAUUGUUUGAAGAAGGCGAAAAGGAAUCUAAAAUGUUGUCAAAUAUUCGAGUACCGGUGUCUUUAUUGGUGCUGAAUGGUGAUUUAGACACACUUGAUCAUGUUAUGAGAGCAAUAUAUAGUGAUAUAUCAGUGGUGGUUGUGAAAGGAACUGGUGGGGCUGCUGACCUGAUUGCUUUAUGCCUGGAAGACUUUUCAAAACUGAAGAAGGAAUUACCGAUAAUGAUAACAAGACGUUUCACGAAAGAACAUUUUAACAACAUACUGGAAGUUUUCCAAAUGAUCAUUGAAAAGGAUUGGAUGAUUUCAAUAUUUGACAUCAAAGUUGAGGAACAUGAUAGACUAUGGGAAAGAAUUACUGAUGGAAUAAUCAGAGCAUGGUCCUUUGAAGAAAAACAUGUUGAGGAAGUUAUGAUGACUAAAUAUCUUUCUUUGAACGGUGGAGAAUAUAUCUCAAAGUAUGUUGCGAACAUUGAUGGUCUCACCAGGAGAGAACUGUUUGCUGGCUACAGUUUAGAUGACCCAAAUUCGAAGACAAAUACAAAAGGCAAAAACCGCCAAGAUGUAUUUGCCACUUCUUUUCAUGCUGGUAAGACCGAUAUGAUGGAUCAGAUACUUAACAGUGACGAAAAAUUCUCAAUGACAAAAAGUACCUUCCAUGGAUUAUGGAAGCAGGAGAUAGCAGCAGAAGAUGACAAGAUACUGCAGAGUGUGUGUCCGAGUGAUAUAGAAGAUCCGAACGCACCUUUAUAUAUAGCGGACGAACUCCUCAAAGGCCUUUGUUGUUCUAAAAUUGGAAUGAUUACAUGCUGCAAACGCUGCAGGAAAAAAGACAAAGGAGACAAUAGUGACAACAUUUCAGACACGGUGCCAACAAAUGAGACAUUGCUAGUUGCUGUAUUGUUAAAUAAAACACAAAAGGCAGCUGCAUUAUGGCACCAGUUUGAUAAUCCAAUGAUGACAGCCCUGAUUUCAAGCAUGUUUCUUACCUCUUUGGCAAACAUUGCGGAAGAAAAGUUUGAGGAAAACCGCCAGAAUCAAUACCAGUCUCAUGCAAAGUUAUUUUUAUCACGAGCCGUUCUUCUGUUGGAAAAAAUGUUUACUGACGAUGAACAAAUGGCUAUAGAGGCUCUUGAUAACGUCUGUGAUGUGUGGGGCAAUAUUGAAAGUCCCCUCCACUUCGGACACCAAUUCAAUAUAGAGGAAUUCAUAUCUCACUCUUCCAAUCAGAAAGAUGCAAGCAAAAGAUUGUUUGCGUAUAACGUAGUUUCAGUUGAAGACAUCCAUUUAGAUAUAGAACAUGAACCAGGGACUACAAAUGCUCCACCACGGGAACAAAAAGUGACACCUACAACCAGUAUUUACUCGAUUACUAUUAGUGGGUGGUUUUCAUUUAUAAAGAACCACUGGAGAAAAAAAUCUAUGCUAACAAUUGUUACAGCACCUGUUACAAAAAUAGUUAUCCAUCUACAAUUUUUCAUCGCGGCUUUAAUGAUGUUUAGCUAUUUCCUUACUCAGGACCUGCAACCUGGUUCAAUAAAUCUACUAGAAGGUUUGAUCUUCAUAUACAUGUUGGGUGAUUUAUUAGAGGAAAUAUGGAGCAUGAUUCGUCCGCAAAAGGAUUGCCACUGGUCACCACAGAGAAUAUUUCUUCACAUAUUUGAUAUUUGGAACAUUUUGGAUUUUUUGUGCUUCAUAUUGUACAUACUUGGAUUUUGCAUGCAUAUUUUGGACUCAGAUUUGAUAGCACAUACAAGGCGAAUUUACAGUAUAGCAUUGUUUAUCAUGUUUCUUCGACUAUUAAAUUUUCUGUUAUUGUCUAAACGGUUUGGUAUAAUCAUAAUCAUGGUGAAAGAAAUGCUUGUGGAUUUGAUGCAGUAUUUGGUAAUACUUACCAUCCUUAUAUUUGCUGCUGGCGUUGUGUAUCAUGCCAAUGUUUACCCAAGCCAUACAAUCGCUGGACCCAAAAAUAUUGAGUAUUUGAGAACAUGGACAAUUCUUCAAAUUCCAUACUGGCAGGUUUAUGGCGAACUAUUUAUGGAUACAUUAGAAGGCAAUGACGAUGCAGGUUGCAAGGAUGACGCUACAAAUUGUGCAACAGGAGAUUGGAUAACACCAGUAAUUGCUGCUGUUUAUAUGAUGUUAACAAACUGGUUGUUGUUGAAUAUUGUUAUAGCUAUGUUCAGUGCACGAUUUAAGGAAAUUCGAAAAAAAUCCGAACAGAAAUGGCGUUACUAUCGACAUUCAGUUAUAAUUGAUUUUGAAGAUAGAAUACCUUCACCACUCAAUUUUCCAUUUAGAAUUUUCAGUUUCUUAUGGUACACUACAAAAUGUCCAUGUUGUCCAUGUUAUAAGAAAACUAUAAAAGGUGACAGGAGUGAUAUGUUGAAGAAGGAACGCCAAUUUGCUAAGGAAAUAAUAGCAGAAGAAAAACUUUAAAGACAACUCAAGAAAUGUUUCCCUCUUAAAAUGGAUAUUUCUAUUACAGUAAAAUAUAAAAUUAUGACUUCGAUUUCAUUUCUAGAAUUACUGCAAAUCAUGUUGCAUAUUAAAUUUGGAACUUACUCAAA